CGGGUGUCACCGCCUGGGCACUGGCGUCACGGCACCGAUGACACAUUCAGGCUACGGGCGCUCUUUCGCAGCAAAGCAAAUAACAUAAACUUGUCCGUCGCCGCAACCCUUCGGGUAAUAUUAAGAGAGAGACCAUGGCCACGAGUCUGAACGUGUCGGAUGUCAUGAAAGAUCUACAACUUGAUGAAGACUGCGAUCUGGACGAAAAUGAGACGACACUGGUGAUACAGCCCAUCGUGUAUCGGGAUGAAAAGUUUCUCCAGCUGUCUGAGGCUCUGCUGGCCUGGGUGAACUGCACCCUGCGAGAGGAGAACGUUAAAGUCCGCUCCGUCAAGGACGACUUCUUCGAUGGGCUGGUGCUCCAGCAUCUCCUGGAAAAGCUGGGCCACGUGAAGCUCGACGUGCCGGAGAUUGCGCUCUCCGAGGAAAUCCAGAACCACAAACUCAACCUCAUCCUGCAGAACCUCGACCAGCAGCUAUGUGCCCAGGAUCCAAGCAAAGUCAAGUGGACUGUCAAGUCGAUCCACAGCAAGAACACCCUCGCCACCAUGCACCUGCUCAUUCGCAUGGUGCAACAUUUCUCCCCCAAAGUCCUCCUGCCCCACGGAGUCUCGGUCAAAGCCUACCUGCUGGAGAAAGGCAAAGACACACUGAAGGCCGAGCAGGUUAUGGAAGAGCUGACUCCAAAUCAGUUGCAAGUAGAGAGAGAGUGCCAGAACAGCGACAAUCCCAUCGACGUCAUUUUCAGAGUCUCGCCGGAAAAAGUGCCUCAGGUUGAACAGAUGCUGCUCGCCUUCGCAAACGGUCACCUAUCCGGGCUGCAUCUCGACAUCACGGACCUCGUCACUCAGUUUGCAGAUGGAGUGAUGCUGGUGCUACUGCUUGGCCAGCUGAGCGGGUACUUUGUCCCUCUCCACAGCUACUACCUGAGCCCCGAGUCAAGAGAGCAAAAGGUGCACAACGUGAAACUGGCACUGGAACUCAUGGAAGACGACGGGAACCCAAUGUCACCCGUUCAGCCGGAAGAGAUCGUGGACGUCGAUGCCAAAGCCGCCAUGAAGAUUCUCUACGUUCUCUACAACAAGCACAAGACCUCGAGCAUCGCGUCUCAACCCCAGCCCUCGUGACUCCUCCAGCAGCCACGGCGCCCUCUCGCGAUCACCUCAUUAAGUCGCCUGCUCGCUGCACGCACCCGAUGUUUGGUAAUCGCGCAAUGUGGUUUAGGGAAUUCUGUGGCCGGGGUUACCGCGGCGUCUGAAUGCCAUCACCCAGACACACCGGUGGAGGAUAGGUGCUUGGAGCCAUCAUCUGGUGGUGUGCUUGUGUAGUUGUCUGUGUGUGUGCUUGUGUGGGGAGCGGUAGUGUAGCAGUUAGCGUGCUGCACUAUGAACCUGGCGACCCGGGUUCGAUUCCCACUCACGGCCAAUACCAGUGGCGAUUAUCUCAGCCUCAAAUGAGUAUCUCAUGCAAUGUGUGAACUUCGCCACUAGGGAGACAAAGGCGGCCGGGCAUGGUGCUGGCCACCCACCCAGGGGUGGCCCGGGAUUGCCUAGUUCGCCGAGUUAAAUGGGGCGCCAAAUUCGAGGGGGAAAAAUACAAAUGAUGAAAAUACAAAUAAAAAAAUGAAGAUGUCAUUAUUUCAAUUCCCGUGCGUGUACAGAGGGAAUAUGAAUUAUAAUUCACUUCUCAACAUCUCUGAGAAUGUAUUGGUCAGACGGACGGACGUACAAAACGUAAUAAGUACGCCUCUGUUUAAAAAAAAGAUACGCUUAAAAAACACACACUAAACGUAAAAAAUUAACCCGUAAAAACAAAGUUUUUCACUAUAAAUCCUUUAUAUGCGUCGCGGCUAGAGUCCUCUCGUCCUCUGGCUUGAGAUGGCUGCCACCUAUGGGUCAGAUGAUUGCCUGCCACCAUUAAGCAAUUGGUAAUUAAAUAUAAUAUUUUUUUCCCUAAAAAGUGUAAAGUUAUGUAAAAAAAAAUUCACGAAAAUUAAUUGUCACGCACAACGAGUCUGUGUGCAAAAUGUCAGCUCGCUUGGAUCACGGGAAGUGGGUUAAAAACGACCGAAAGAUUUGCACGGUCGUAAGCGCGCAAGCAAGCAAGCAAGUGAACUUAAUAUGAAGGAUUUAAAAAGGGUCGAAAUGUUUCCCAGUUUGCCAAACACCCCUCAGCCUGGAGCUGCCCUCGUGCUGUGGGGGUGUGGGGGUGGGGACUGCGCGCUUCGCCCAGGGAGCCAGUUGCGGGCAGAAGCUCGUCCAAGGCCGCCCUGACACCCACCGCCCUCGUGUGCCACCGUGCCGGCCUUCAUAGGCGCUCGCUAACAGCACUUGUAAGCCACCGAACAGCAUCCAGUACUGUGUGGAGCGCUUGGUGUGUGUGCGUGACGUGAGGGGAGCGGUGGUCCUGGGCCUCCCCAAGGUCGGCUCGGCCUUAAAUGGGUACCUGGUGGGGCUGUGUUAAACAUCGGCAUCGGAGACACAAAGGUGGCCGGCCGGACGAGGCGCUGGCUACCCCCUCGUGUGCCACCGUGCCGGCCUUCAUAGGCGCUCGCGAACAGCACUUGCCCCAGCAGACUGUUCAGGCGAUACGCUGUGGUAACCCCGACACUGUGUGUUGUCGUUGAACGUGUGAUUCGUGCGUGGCUAUUCAGGGCACAACGCACACUUUUGACGCAUGACACAGUUUAUUGCGCCUUCUACGCGACACGCGGGACAACACAGCACGUCAAAUAACAGAUACGACCACUCGAUUCCAGUCUACGUGUGUUUUCUUCUCGGUUACAAAUCAUAUAAGCUAUUUCUCAAUUAUCACCAAUAAUGUUAUUUUUUUUACAACAAAAAGCAAUAUAAGCAGAAUAUCCCCAAAAGACGGUAUACAACUCUAUAUUUACAUCACGUAGCCCUCUGACUAAUAAUAAGAAAACAAAUUGAAAAUACUACAAACAAAUCAAACGAGAAUUUAUCCUAAAAAUAUAUUUAACAAUAAAUGCCUUGGGUUUUUUUUGGACCAGCCUGGUACAGUCUCAUUAGGUUCUGGAAUAUAAUGCAUAACAUGUACGUCAUCUAAGUAACCACAAAACCAGUGUGGUAGUUGACACGGCUUCUACAACAGACACAUACUAAGUGUCAAUAGAUACACGUAGGAACUGCGCUUUUAAAAAAAGAAGUGAUUUAGUAACAAC